CUCGGCACCGCGCAACCACGGCCACGGUUCGAAACCCAGCCGCAUCUCUUUUCUCUAUUUUCCCCCGUCGCCCUCCCCCGACGUCCUCCACGGUGGAGCCCGCCCUCCUCCACUCCGACUCCUCCGCCGCCCCCAACCGCGCCCCCACUCCUCCGCCGCGCCGCCAGGGCGCAAGGCGCGGGCGGAUCGAGCCGACGAAGUCCAUCCGCGUCGCGGGCGCAAGGCAGUUUCUUGUGAAUCAAUAUAUUCAGUGUUCUCUUCCCUGGAGGCAUUCUUUUCUGAUGUCUUAGAAGACCCUGUUGGUGAAGUUCCUAGGCAGUGUCACGUUGUUUUCUGAAUGAAUAAAGUGGCAGAGUGGGAGCUUUUAUUGGCCUUAUGGAAUUAUGAUCGAGUUUCAGGUUGUGCAUUUUUUUUGCUGCAAUGCUAAUUUCUUGAGUGUUCCUGUUACAGAGGCUGUACUAUUGGGAGCAAAGAAUGCUGCAAUAGCUGGUACUGUGGUAGCAGUUCCCACGUUGGUCGGCUGCCGUGUCCUUCCUUGGGCUAAGGCUAAUCUCAACUACACCGCACAAACACUCAUCAUAUCUGCAGUAGCAGUGCGCUGGCUGGGAUCAUUCCGUUCGAGUGGUUUUCUAUCAGUAAAUUGUUCUACGAUUGUUGUUGCACAGAAACCUGCAUCAAUGGCUGAUGCACAUGACUUCUUCAAGCCCCUCACUGAUGUGAUUGCAAAAGCAACUGCAAUGACAGAACAUAGGAAGCCUGACUAUUUCAAUCAUUUAAAGAGUGUUGCUGACAGUCUCCCUACUUUGGUUGGAAGCCUGUUAUGUAGUGGUUGUUUUAGACUGAUCAUUUGUGAGAUUGGAUGCUACUGCAAAUUUUAGUUAUGGAUAUGAUCAUUUUGAAUUGAUCGAUAA